ACCCACAACCCUCCUGAAGUAGAACACUCCCUCGGCUCUCUCCAUCCCCUUGUUCAUCUUUUCUUACUUUCCCCUUCCUCGCCUCUUCAACUGCAACCUCUCUCUCCAUCUUACUUCAACUCUUCCCAUCCGUCCCUACUCCAACUCAACCACAACUCUCCUCUCUCCAUCUACCUUCUUCCCACACUACAACAAAUCCCAAAGACUACCAAAUUUUAAACCGCCAAAAUGCCCAUGACUUGGAAUGAAGUCACAGACGCAAAACUCCUAGUCGGCAUCUUAACCACCACGAACGUGAAAUUGGACAUGCACGCCUUGGCCAAAUUCAUGGGUCCCGGCUGCACCGUCUCCGCCGUCCAACACCGCAUCCAGCGUCUCAAGGACAAAGUUUCUACCUCGGGUACUGCUUCGUCCCCGGCCACUACUGCUACUACUACCAUGACUUCCCCGGGAAACGAGACACCCACUACUCCCACCCCCGCUACUCCCGAGAAGAGAAAGCGUGGUCGACCCCGCAAGAACCCCGUUGCUGGGGGUGGUGAAGCUAGUACUUCUCCUACUGUCGUGGCUGCUGGUGCUGCUAAGAAGCCGAAGGCUAAGCGGGCUAAGAAGGCUGAUGGUAGUGCUACUGCUGCUACUGCUGCGGUUGUUAAGAAGGAGGAGGUUAGUGAUGAUGAUGGGGAGGAGGUGCUUUCUGAGCUUGGUGUUGCGGAGACUCCUGGGGCUGAGGAGGGUGGGGUUGGUGAGGAGGUGCAGGAGAGUCCGGUUGUUAAGGGUGAAGAGGAGGAGGAUGCUUGAUGCCAGGGGUUGGGUUCUCGCUUCCUUUGUGGCUUCUUGAUUUUAAGAUGGCUUGUGGUUGAGGGAAUGGAUUGGGUGAUUUGGGGAGGUUGAUGGUUGUGUAACUGGCUCGUUUGAUGGAUGGUGGUUAUUUGUUUUUCUUUUUAUUUGGUGGAUGCUUGCUUAGGAUGGAAAGGGAAUUGGGUUGGGUGGUGAUUGUAGCUUAGGAUAAGUGGUAUCCGAUCUAUUG